AUGAACUACACCGAUCGGGUUCGUGUCCUCAACUUGCGCCGAAACCUGAAUCAGCUUGACAGUCUCACCAAACAAAAAGAGCUUCUCAUUCAAAAAACGAGAGAAGAGUUGGCGACUUGCCGUGCUCGGCUGGACCUGCUCACCAGCCAGCAAAAAGACGUGGAGAAAGACAUUGAGAAUGAGAAGAAGGAGGGGAACACCACGGCCGUGUUCCGUCUUCAGGCGUUGCAUCGGCGCCUGUGUGCUGAACUGGGAAAUGAAAAGGACCUUGAAUCCAAAAUCAGCACAGUCCUAAAUGAAAAUGUGUUUGAAAUGUGGAAGAUUGAAAUAGAAGAAGGGAAUUUUGCCAAACUUCGCAAGCAGCUCAAGAUAGACGAGGCAGAGCUGGACCAGCAGCGCCGAGACCAGGCGGAGGAAAGGCUCCAGAAACAGGAUGAGAUGGCCCAGCUCCUGAGCCAGAGGUGGCAGAACACCGAAAGAAAAAUCCAGGUAGCUAGCAAGGCUUAUGAAGAAAACCUGGCCAACGUGCUGGAAGAGUCUCAGAGGAACCACGCAAAGGCCGUCCGGUUUCUGAAGGAGAGUUUAGGAAAGGUUCGUCAGAAGGAACUGGCGGAGGAACAGAACCGCCAGGAACAUUUGCAGAAAAGGAUGGAGACGGUUUUGUCUCUGAAAAACAGCAUCAGUUCGAACCGGGAAAAUCUCCGAACCCGUCAAGUCCUGGGCAAAUUGAUUGCACUUGAUGCUGAAGAGCAAGACCAGAAAAUAAAGGAAGGCAUUCAGGCUAAAGGACAUAAUGUGACCCGGGAGUUUUUUUGCCAGAAGCGACAAAUUGAGUUUGAAAAGCGGAAAAAGGAGUUUCUGGAACAACAGAAAGCAAGAAAAAUUGAAAUAGUCGCUCGGAUUUUGAAAGAAGAAGGCCAGGUGGAGAAAAUGAAAGCACAAUCUUGUCUCCAGGAAUCCAAAGACCCGGACAAAGUUUCCGACGCUGUUAAGUGGCGCAUGAAAACAUGGCGUUACAUUGAGGAAACAUGUAGCGAUAAGAAACCUCGGCGCAGCCCUUCCAUUUCCCCCUCGCUGGAUGACAAAAGUUGUACCGCCUCUUGUGAGCCCAUCCCCGAAAGCAAAACCGAAGGCGAAGAGGAAGAGGCGGAUAACGUGCUUGCGGAGCCGGAAUUUGUUGGGAUUUGGGACCAAGAAUAUAACUCAUUGCAGGAACUGGAUGACAAAAUUGAUUCCAAACCCCUCGGCGUGUCGAAACUUGAAAAGGACAUUUUUACCCGGAACUUGGAGAAACUACAUGCUGGAGUCAUUCGCAAACACCGUGUUUGUGGGCGUGAGUUUAAAGGGUGUCCUUUUUACAGCAAGCCGAGUCUCAUUCAUUUCAAGGACUUUGAUGUUGGAAAAACCUAUAAAAAGAAGGUGACUCUGAUCAAUGCCUUCUACAGUAUCAACUACUGCAAGUUGGAUGGCGUCAGCGAACAUUUGAAAGAUUUCUUCACUGUGCUCUUUGAUCCCCCGGGUCCGAUGUCUUCAGGAAUGUCUUGUGAAGUUGGGGUGACCUUUAAACCUAUGAUAAAUGAAGAUCUUGAAGGAGAAGUCACCUUUUUAUCCCAGACUGGAUCCUUUUCCAUCCCCCUGAAGUGCUCAACCAAGAAAUGCGUGCUGUCCCUGGAUAAAGAGCUCAUAUAUUUUGGCAUGCAUGUGGUUGGGGAGACCAUUUCACGGACCAUCACCUUGAUGAAUGACGGGGCCUUGGGGACACGGUUCCAGCUCCGAAAAUUAGGUGACACCAAGGCUCCGCACACCACGACGCCGCUACCUUCCACCGAGAAGCCGGUCAACCCUGUUGUGGGUGAAUUAUUCAGCACGGAGAAAAGCAGCUACAGUAUAGGAACUGACGCCGUGUCUCUGUCCCACUCGGAAGAAGUUACUCCAAACACUCCCCUGUUGGAGAAGCUACAUAGUGAUGCCACUGUGACCACCACAAAUGAGCCGCAGGCAGCCUUUGAGAUGGACAUUGCUGGAGAAAUCCCACCCGUUUCUCCAGAUGCCAGCCCCCUGGAAGACCCCCCGGAAGAGAUCUGCGAACUAAAAUUGGGCAAGGUAACCAAGGGCGAUAUUGGGCCCUUCAGCUCUGUCAAACUUCAGAUUAUUUUCACACCUGUGGUUCCUGGGACCAUCCAGGCUGACUUGGAGAUUAUCUUUGAGAACCCAGAUUGCAAACCAUUGCAGAUUGGGGUCGUCGCCGUCUCAAUGGCCGUGCCGGUCCGGGUGUGCAAUCCCACAGUUGACCUGAAAAUCUGCAUGUAUGAUCGACUUUACCAGGACUGCAUCGUGGUCCAGAGCAGAGCGACCAGCGCCUUACGCCUAAAGUUUGAAGUUUGCAAGGAGCUAGCUAGCUACGUGGAGUUGCUGCCCAAAACAGGCUAUAUCCAAGCCCAGUCUUCCUUCAGCGUCCAGUUGAAGUUCCUGCCAAGAAUCUCCCUUUCGAAAGAUGCCAAGAAGUACUUUGACGAGAGGACGCGAGUUCUGGAAGCCCCCAUGACGAUCAUUGUUUCCGAACAGAGCAAGCCGGUUGAAUUCACCAUGCACGCCAUCCUGACCACUUCGGAUCUAGAGAUCAGCCCAGCCGAAGUGGAUUUUGGAUACUGCUCUAUCUACGAAGCCGUUCGGACAACAAUCACACUCACCAACAAAGCAAUUCUCCCCCAGGAGUUUGGUUUUGUUGAACUGCCAAAGUUUAUAGAAGUUCAGCCCAAUGAUGGGUUUGGAAUACUCCUGCCUCUGGAAAGCUUGAGCCUGGAUGUCAUCUUCAAAGCCAAAAAGGCGAAAGUUUACAGUUUUGAACUGAUUUGCAAGACCGAGAUCAACAGGGAGUUCAAGCUGUCCUGCAAGGCUGUCGGCGUCCACCCGCCCCUUGUGCUUUCCCACUCCUUCGUCCAGUUUCCGGCCACGGCUCUGGACGACGUGUCGGCCGCCACCCUCUUCAUCAUCAACCCUCACGAGAGGAUCAGCCACUUCACUCACACCAUGCCGCGAAUCGGCGAGGGGGACAUCGCCCCGGUUGGACCCACUUCCUUCCAGUUCCUCGUGCCCGAAGACUCUCCCAUCAUCAUCAUCCCAUGCGUGGGGACUGUCCUGCCCGGGAAGAAAUGCCUGCUUGAUGUCUCCUUCCACCCAGCGCUGCCCGAUCAAUUGAUCAGGGAAGAGGCAGUCAACAUAUCGUGUCAGAAUGCCGAAAUCAAAGCUCAGAUGGAGAAAAGAGCCCGAGAAUUGGAAAUACAGAGGAAGAAGGAGGAGGCAGCCAUGUUGGGACGGAAAGAUGGGAAGAAGACAGGCAGCAUCUCCUUCCUGGCUGAGCCCUCCAAGGACAAGAGCCCCGUCAAGCCCUUCGAAGCCCCCAACCCAGAAGACAUCUCCACAGACUCUGAAGAGUACAUUGCGGCCCAUUUGAACCUAGCCCGCAGCUACCCCAGCCGUUUUGAUAAGUACAUCAUACCCUGCCUCGUGGCGAGCGGAGACAUCGACGAGAAGAGAGGGGCCGAAAACAUGAACUUCAGUCCUUACAAUACUUUGUACUUGGAGCUGCAUUGUCCGUCUGUCGCCCCUGUCGUGGUGGUAACUUCAAACAACGGGAGAACUUUUUUCAACUUCGGGGACAUUGCAGUCGGGCAUAGAAUCAAGAAAGAAGUAGAGAUCCAGAAUAUAUCCAAAGAACACUUGGUGCUGGGAUAUUCCCUACUCGAUCCCUUCGGACCGUUUCUGCUGGCCAAUCCGAUUUGUUCACUUGGAGAAGGGGAAUCCCGGGAGCUGGUCCUUUCCUUCUGUCCGGAGGAGAGCAAAUCGUAUUUUGAAAUCCUUGAGAUACGAACUGACAAAGCCACCCUGACGCUCACACUGACCGGCCGGGGAGUCAUCACGUCCAUUGCGUGUUCGCUGGAAGAAGAUGUGUUGAAUAUGGGCUAUGUAGUCUCCAAGGAAACCACCACCUCUGUCUUCAAGAUCGAGAACAUUUCUCCUUUGGCCUUGAAAUAUUCUAUCGUCCUGGAUUCUCUUUCUCCGGACAGAUAUCGAGAGCUGCAGACGUUUCCGCCGUUCCUUAACAUUCCAAGAGAAACGCAUGUAGUUGGUACACAAAAUUACAGCGGCCUCAGUGUCUUCAGCAUCUUCCCAAUGCAGGGCUUCAUCGGGGUGGGAAAGUCUCAAGAGUUCACCGUCACCUUUAGCCCUGACCACGAAAGCUUGUAUUACUCCGACCGCAUCCAAAUCUUGCUUUUUGAUAAGGAGAUUAUCCGGGUGAUCCAGCUGAAGGGGGCAGCGAGGAACCACAUCAUGUACGUGGAAGGUGGCGAGCCCUUGGACGUCCCCUUUGAAUCGCUGGCUGUGCUAACCUCCAUCAGCGAAGAGGCCUCCAAAGCAGAAGCUGAGAAAGCUACCAACUCCAUCCUCGUCAGCCUGAAGUGUGUACAGUCAGAGACUAUGGUUAUCCCAGCAGUGCGGGAGUUGAAAGUCGGAGCCAUUCGGACCGCUCAGUUUGCAUCAAAGAAGAAUGUUGAAUUCACCUGGGAAAGUCUGCAACUUUUGCAGCUGAAAGGAUUCAGCUUGGAUCCCGUCAAAGGCAUGGUGGAACGUGGGCAGACAAAAUCCAUCAUUGUUUCCUGGGUGCCCCCUGCUGGCUCAGAUGUAGAAGCUGAGAAAGCUACCAACUCCAUCCUCGUCAGCCUGAAGUGUGUACAGUCAGAGACUAUGGUUAUCCCAGCAGUGCGGGAGUUGAAAGUCGGAGCCAUUCGGACCGCUCAGUUUGCAUCAAAGAAGAAUGUUGAAUUCACCUGGGAAAGUCUGCAACUUUUGCAGCUGAAAGGAUUCAGCCUGGACCCCGUCAAAGGCAUGGUGGAACGUGGGCAGACAAAAUCCAUCAUUGUUUCCUGGGUGCCCCCUGCUGGCUCAGAUCCCAAUCAACCCAUAACCGGAUCGGCCACACUGAUUGUGAAAGGUGACGUCAAGGAAGUUUACGGCGUCUAUUUCAUGGGCCGGAUCGUGACCAAAGAAACUCCAAGUUGAAAAUCUUCCCGGGCGGAAGGUCCAC